GUGCAAGAUCAUCUAGAGCAGUUCUAGCCGAUCUAGAUCAGAUGAGUUUGUUUACUUUCCACAACUGCCCGCCAAGAGGAUGGAAGGAACCGCGGAAAAUUGUAAAAUUUGUGCAGACAAAACGGCCAAGUACAACUGCCCACGAUGCAACAUCCUGUACUGUUCCGUGGCCUGCUACAGGUCGCCAAACCACCUUGAAUGUUCGGAAGGAUUUUAUCGAGAAAACAUCGUAGAAGAGUUGGCUCUGCGGAAGUCCGAGGACGAUGCGGCCCAAUCUGCACGCAGCAUGAUGGAAAUUUUACAGCGGAUAGAGCAGCAGGCGGAUGAUGAUGAUGAUGAUGACGAGGAGGACAUGGACCACGGAGAGGAGGAUGGGAAUCUAGAUUCGGAUGACGAUGAACAGGAAGCGGAUCUUACGGCACGGUUGAACGGUAUCGAUCUCAAUGAUACCGAGAAAGUAUGGGAACACCUGACCAACGCUGAAAAGGAGGAAUUUCAGAGAAUGCUGGAGAAUGGAGAAAUUAUGAGCAUGGUACCGGAGGUAGAAAUGUGGUGGACAAAGCCCUAUAAAAUAGACCUGAUUCAGCCACUCGAUUCCCGGUCCCUGCAGGAGCAGCAUCUGCUUUCCUCCUGUCCGCCGGUGUGGGGAAAAAUCGCAGAUUUCAAACAAAUAUGCAAGAGCGAACCUUCCGCAGCCGUUCGCUUCAACAUCGCCAACGUGCUGGCGGGGUAUUGUUUCGUGUUCAGUUACUUCUUCGGCGAUCUGCACGACAAUGCACUGGAGGUAGUGGAUUGCUUGCUAGGCGUAUGUUUGAAUUUGAAAACCAGCGCCAAUUUCGAUUCGGAAGUGAUGGCUGUAGAAUCCGUCGUGAACGAGUGUCGCCAAGAGCGAUUGCCCAUCGAGCGAAUGACGACCGCUUCGCUCAAAUCAUACGUUCACACACUGUUCCUAGGGCCCAGCGAGUGCGGCACAAAUUUCAAGAAACACUUCAUCUUAGCAGCAUUGUCCGAUGUUCGUAGUCUCCUGAGUGAGGCUAGAAAGGAACACAAACAAUACCUGGCGUCUGCGAAGGACGCGAAAGAAAAUGUCACCGAUCUACGGCACGCCACCUCACAGAACCUGCACAGUUGCCAGAAGAAGGUAGAAUUCUAUCUCGCGUACGCCAAAUCGGAUUAUUGUGUGUGAACAAAUGGAGAAAAU